CAUAAAGUCCUUCAAUUGGGAUGGUUCAACAGUGACCCAACCUUACUACAUGAGGUUGAGUGGAAUCAAAAUGCGAUUUAUCUGUCAUGUGCUCUCGUGAGCUAUAUUCUACAUUAACAGCGAUUCGGUUCAAUGUCUUACUCACCGAUGAAGAGAUACUAUACCCUCGCGCGGCGAGCUGACUUAAUCCGUGUAUCAGACUGUCGAGGUUUGGUGCCCCAAGCUCUGCCUAUAGUGAAUGCGACCUCACUAUCACGGCUCCCUUCUCAGCACCAAGUCACUUGUUUCCAUGACUCAGGCCCUUCCAAGUUGGUGAAGCAGGCGAAGUCUCCGGAGAUACUGCAUCGAGGAUAUAAGCGGAUGUUCCCUUAUGGUAGAUCAGGUAAAAGCUUGAUACUUCAAUCUGAGCGGAAAGAGUUUCGAGUCGGUGGUGGCUGGGUGGAAGACAGUAUUCUGCAUUCCAAAGCAUAUUUUCACCCAGAGUAUCGCCCGUUCUUGUAUGAGUUUGAUAUACUGGUCUCUGGACGCGAGAAACUGAAGACUGAAUUUAUUCGCAAACGCAUCCAGUCGAGGCCACACGAAGGUCUUUGGUGGUCAGUGAAUAAGAACACACAUGCAUCCUCCUUCAAAGGAACGGUCAAAACUUGGAUGGAUCAGCGAUAUUCGCAAGCUUUCAGAGAGGUCUUGCAUGACCAUGGAUUUGACAGCGCAGGCAAGCCAAUUUCGUCUUCGAAGGAGCCGCCGAUCUUGAGAGGAUCACUCACGAUGCAACUAUGGCCGUCAGUACUGACUGCUUCCUUUGAGGAUUUGAAAGCUGAUUGCGAACUUAUUCUUGGUUACGCUAUCAGGAAAUCUACCACUCGCGUGCGCAUGAUUCGGUAAUAGCUCUUACCUCACACUCGCCGGCUGGAGCAGCCCACAUUGUACCAUGACACACAGGGGUGAAGAGACUCUUCAGAUGUUUCUCACGAUGGCGUACUUGCAGAUGAAUUAAAAAGUUAGUAGCAAACUUGACACUUCAGCAAGGUUGGCGUGUAGUCAAGGGUAU